CAGGGAGGGAAACUGAGAGCGAGCAUCCAGCAAGGAAGGAGGAGGAGGAUGAGGAGGAGGAGGGUUAGAAAUAAUAGAGCGAGCAGAAGGGCUACCAUCAUUUGCUCCAUUUCUCUCCGUCCUCGCCAGCUCCUCCCGGUGCGUGCGUGAGAGAAAGGGAAAGCUGUGAGAAAGCCGCUGGGAAUGCUUUCUUUUGUGUUUUUCACCUGACGCGACGAUAAAAAGCGGCAAGAUUCGUGCACAUACCACGGAGAUGUCAGGAGCGAGUUCUUCCAGGAAGUCUGUGCUGAUUAGCUGAGAGACGUUUCAAGCCGGAGGAAUACAAAGCAAAGUGCUCAUUUUGCUUUUUAGCAACUUGACAACAUGCUAAAGUCAAAGUGAACCGGCGGGGUCCAUCAAGCCUUCAUGGGCCCCUCAUUUCAGUCCGCGUGAUACGGCCCUGACAUCCCUGGGCCGAGCCUCUUCUCUGCACAACUUUCAGUCAGGGAGGUGCAGGCAGCGGGCUGAGGUGCUGCGCUGUGAUUGGCCGAGUGCGGGCGAGAGUGCGAUGCGGAUUGGAGGAUGUCGGGGGACUGGGAUGAAGACCUGUGCAAGAAGGCACUGAUGCUGAUGGAGGAGCUGUGCUUAAACUCGCCUCACGGGUACAGCCAGAGUGAACUCUGCCAGGAGUUCAGCUACCUCCUCAGGGGACGCAACAGACAGCAGGACGCAGAGAUUUCCGUGAGCCUACUGUCGGUGAUCGUGACGUUCUGCGGCAUUGUUCUGCUGUCGGUGUCGCUCUUCGUGUCAUGGAAGCUGUGCUGGCUGCCUUGGCGGGACAAGGAGGGCGGCGGCUUGAGCCUGACAUCAGGGCUGCUCCCAGGCAGCAUGGGAGGCCUGGGCGGCGCCCCCGGCUCCUCCUUCUUGCCACCGCUGCUGCAGAGGAAGGAGGGCCAGUCUUCAUCGUCGCUCUACCCAUCACUGGGCCAGCAGGGGCAGCACCACCCGCACUUCUCCGACCUGGUGGGGCUGGAGAGGGGCGACGGCGGCAGUGGUGUUGGCAGCGUGGUGGGCGCCACACAUGAGACCCAGGAGCACUCCUACCUGGACAUGGACUCAUACCCCAACAAUGCUGGGACCCUGAAGCUGAGCCAAACAUCUCCCGAUGUCCCCAACUCGGAAGGCGGCGCCCACCCCCACAAGGAUCUGCCCAAUGCCGUAUCCCAGCAGCAGGUCACGGCUCGGCCCAAGCCCAUGACUCACCAACUGUCCAGUCCCGACUUCCACGGUGAGGAGAAGGAGCAGGUGACCAGCAUCGGGCAGAUCAAACCCGAGCUGUACCGGCCCAAAGGCGACUUGGGCGACGGCAAGCAGGGCGAAGCCUGCGGCAAGAUCAGCUUCCUGUUGCGUUACGCCUUCAACACGGAGCAGCUGGUGGUGAAGAUCCUCAAGGCUCUGGAUCUGCCAGCCAAGGACGCCAAUGGAUUCUCCGACCCCUACGUCAAGAUCUACCUGCUGCCCGACCGCAAGAAGAAGUUCCAGACUAAGGUUCACAGAAAGACACUGAACCCUGUGUUCAACGAGACAUUCCAAUUCGGUGUGCCUCUAAAUGAGCUCCACUCCCGUAAGCUUCACUUCUCUGUCUAUGAUUUUGACCGUUUCUCCCGCCACGACCUGAUUGGACAAGUGGUGGUGGACAACCUGCUGGACUUCAGUGAGGGCAGUGGAGACAAACCAGUAUGGAGGGACAUCGUGGAGGGCACGGCAGAGAAGGCCGACCUCGGGGAGCUCAACUUCUCACUGUGUUACCUGCCCACUGCUGGCAGACUCACCGCCACCGUCAUCAAAGCUACAAACCUGAAGGCCAUGGACCUGACUGGUUUUUCAGACCCUUAUGUAAAGGCCUCGCUGAUCUGCGAUGGUCGCAGGCUGAAGAAGAGGAAGACAUCCAUCAAGAAGAACACUUUGAAUCCCACCUAUAAUGAGGCGCUAGUGUUUGACAUUCCUAAUGAGAAUAUUGAGAGUGUUUCCAUCGUCAUCGCUGUGAUGGACUACGAUUGUAUCGGUCAUAACGAAGUGAUCGGGAUGUGCCGCGUUGGCAGCGACGCUGAUGGCCCGGGGAGGGACCACUGGACUGCCAUGUUGGCCAAUCCACGCAAGCCAAUAGAGCAUUGGCAUCAACUUGUGGAGGAAAAAGCAAUUGGUACAUUUGUGUCGACCAAGGGCGAAGCGUCUCCAUCUUCUAAGCCGCACAUCGUGGUGGACAGUCCUCACUCCGAUUAAAUGGGUCCACACAGUCGCUCCACCUCCAAAUAUUUCUUUUUUUUCUCUUCUCAUCUGUGAACACAUCUUUUUCCAUCAAAGAGAGACAAGCAGAUACAGUCGACGUUUUUGUGCUUCUGCUCAAAUCGUUGACGGGAAAAAAAACACAACCACGCAACAGCUGAGACAAACACACUAAUACAGUUAGUUUGCUGUAUGUGCGUAGUUGACAUGUAGUUAUUGAUCUAGGAGGCGUGUGAUGUGAUAAACUGUAACAAAAAGUACAUGCAUUAAAAAACAAAGCCAUGCUCAAAUGGUCACCUGGAAUGGGACCAAACCUCUUGUACAGACUCAGAAAAGAAGACAUACCACAUCACACAAGGUAGCAGGACUUGUUGCCUUCUCCGGGCCUUCCCUGAGUCCAAUGCAACUGACCCUGCUCCCCAAAUGAAGCAGGACCAACCUUGUCUUCAUUGAUAUCAGAGGAGUGGCUGACUGUGGCCUGAGCACGUUACCUUGUGUCUGUCUUCCUCACGUAUCCUGUUGUCGUCAUGGCAUCUUCUUUUACCAUUCCCAGGAUGGAACGUUCUGCUGUUUUGUACCAAGAAUGCGAGGGACGCCCAACCCCCCCAAAAAAAACUGUUGGACUUUUCCCACGUGGAUACAUCCCCCCCAAAAAGGACUUGAUUUUUAUCAUCAUCUUUAGAAUCAUCAAGUCAUACACAUCGGUGUUGCUUUUAUCCGUGUGUUUCCGUGUUUGUGGGGGUGUUUGUUUUGUAUUCGUGUGUUUGUGUGCGUGUGUAUGUAUGUAUGUAUGACACUGUGUCCUAAUGACCUUCUGUCUUCAUUACCCACCCACUCAACUCUUUAUCAACCUCUGAUUUUGUCCCCCCCAAAACAUCCAUGAGUCCCGUCGUACUUUGUCGCAACGAUCCAUGCUGUUCUGGAUACAAUAUCCAGAUAUAAGAACAAGGACGUUUACUCGGACUGCAAUGUAAAUGAAAUUACUAUUUGGGUUAUGCCUUGGGGAUUAGGGUUGGAAUUUAGUUUCAGACUGGUUUGACUCCACCAAAAAAAACGUUUUCCCACAUAAACUCCAUAAAUUAGGUUUGGGCUAGAGCUUGGGUUAGGGGCUAAGAACUUAACACCAUCAAAACAUAGAACAUGGAUGUGUACAUGGACUGUAAUCAGAAACUUUAUUUGAACCAAUGGUAGAACUAGGGUUGGGUUAAAUUCCAUCGAUUAGGGAUUGGAUUGAGAUGUACAUUUACAUAGACUGCAACCUUUACCAAAUCUGCUCAAAAAUGUUUUUUUUUUCCUUUCUGUGAGCUGGGGAAGCUGUGGAGGUUAGGUUAGAGCAGUGAUAUCAAACUGGCGGCCCAGGGGCCAUUUGCGGCCCACAAGACAAUAUUUUGUGGCCUCCACCUUAAUGUUAAAGUUUAAUAUUCUUGCAACCCUAGGGUUUUUUUUUCUAUGAAUGGCUCUUUUACAGGGUUGUGAUGACAAACCUACUGAUCAUGGUAGGGUAUAUGACUCUCGGGGGCGUGACAUCAACAAGGCUUGAUACAAGCAGAGAAACAUUUUUCAGUAAGUGAAAUUUGCAGUUUUAUUAGUAGUUUUGGAAAGAAAGUGUUUACACCAGCAUGCUUGUUGAUCUUGUUUUGUGUUUUAAAAAAAUCUGAAAUAUGAUUGAGAAGAAAUCCAAUUUAAAUUGCAUGAACAAAUGCCUGAGCAUCUGUGGCCCAGCCUCAGCCAGAUUCUGAAAAUUGAAUUUAAGACCCCUGGGUUAGAGUGAGGGUUUUGCUUCAGGUUUUAGUUUGUGAUUGGGUUAGGAUUAGUUUAACUCACCACAAUGAAAUUUUCUGACGUAAACUUUGCCUGUAAAGAUUUUGGGGUUUGGGCUAUGGCUCCCAACACCACCAAAGCCAUAUUUUCCCACACAAAUCUCAUAGAUUCAGGACUUGUGGGUCUUGCCAGCAAAGAGUAGACAGUUAAAUUGCUUUCACUUGUUAUCAGCAACUUUGUGUCUGCGGGACAACUUAGUGAGAUGACAGUGUCCAUCUGUCAUGUAAUCGCUGGAAAGAAGGGAGCCCGCUAAGGUGAGGCUAGGCUCAGGGAUAUGGCUUUGGCUCAUACUUGUUAGAGCAAAAGUUUUGGGACAGACCUCUUAAUCAAGUGGACAAAAGUUACCACAAUCUACUACAACUAAUGUAGAUCUAACAUGGACCUGACUGAUUUCUCCAGUCAAGAAUUCAUGUAAACAUUUUCAGUAUCUCAAUUAAAGGAUAAUCAAAUAUCAGAGGAAACUAAUUAACAGUGGAUCUAAAAAAAAUAUUGACCUUAAUGGUUUCUGAGGUAAAAAAAAGAAAAAUAUGUAACUGACUUUCCGGUAAAGAACUGAGAGCACUAAGUAAACUAUCAUAUCCAUCCAUCCAUCCAAUCUCUGAGCCACUUAUCCUCAGAGGCGUCGCGGCAGUGUCAGAGCCUAUCCCAGCUAUCUUCAGGCAAGAGGUGGGGUACACCAUGAACUUGUUGCCAGCCAAUUGCAGGUUACAUUGAAACAAUCAACCAUUUGCACUCACAAUCACACCUUGUCUUGCAAAUUUGACACACCAUGAAGAAGAUUGUUUUUAAUAACCCUCCAAAAUUUGAAGCGUUAUGAAAAUAGCCAAGUAUAUUUUAUUAUGUUCUUUUUGUUCUCGAAUGCUGUGGGCCUUGGAUGCAUUGAAAACACACCCCACUCAAUUCUCAAUCCAGUACCAGUAAAAUGAUGGUUACUCCGUAUAGCAUGUUUCUUCUGCAUACACUGUAUAUCAAGUCUAAGCUGCAAAAAUAUAUCUGCUUAAACUCUCUGCUGGCUUGAAUAUAUCCCACGGAGGUGUCACAGAGCUUUUCCCCCCUCAUUAUAACGAGGCAAUCUAAAGUGGCCACGCCAGCCCAUUUGACUUUUUCUUCCCCCCAGCCAUGCUCGCUAUUUUGUCUUUCUCGCUGAGACGUGCGCACACUCGGUGCUGACAACAAGAUGUUCUAUAGUGGCCGUGGAAAGGAAUAUGCAUUUUCAAAGUGCAGUCAUAGGUAGCCUGCAAUUGUGCCAGAUAGGCGCUGAUGCCAACAAAGAAAGGUGCUCAGGUUCUUACAUAGUGGAGGAGUGGGCGACUCAUGCUAGACUCCAAAGUACAGCACUGGGCCCUGAUAAAUAAUAAUUCAGAAAACUGAAAUUGUGAAAAUUACUUUUUACGCAAUAUCUUCACAAGUGAGUAGAGAGUAGACUUUUCUGUCUUUCUGUGCUUUUAGUAAUUAUCUUCAAUGUUUGAAGAACAUCAACAAGAGGUGCUCUUAAUUUGAUAUCAUAGAAGAAGAAAUAUACCCCUUCAACUUCGAAGUGAAAUGUUAAUCAUAAAUUUAAAUGCAAGGCCUUACAGUAGCAUUUUAGAGAUACUGAUUGCAUUGAUUUUAUGCAAUAGCUGAAGUAAAAUACAAGAAAACUCCUCAGCCUACUGAUCUUGCAGUCUGUGUAAAAGCCCUCUUUCUCGUGCAUUCAUCCAUGUCACUGAGCCCCUACGGCCUCCCACCCUCUUGCUCCCAGUGUUGUGUAAAUCUGUUGUGCUUCGCUAUUUAGUGUGCUCUACAAGAACCCCGGUGACGGCAAUAAAAAAUACAAUGAAAAAGUUGGGGUUUUGAUUAAAGCGUUCAUCUGGGAAAUUACACAGAUCUCUGUAUGUGAGUGUGUGUCAUGUGACUUGUACAUUAUGGAUCAGCUUUGUCUGAGUAGAAAAGUUAUUGAUCCGGUGGUCCCAAGGCUCCAUGACUCUCACCCUCUCUUCCUCUCGUCAGCUCAUUUUGAACCCACUUAACCACCAUUCUGCCACCUCAUAACCCUCCCUCUCUCCUUGGCUCCCUCGUCCAUCUUUUUCAUUACUCAUACCCACCAUCUUGGCCCCCACACUGGCUGUCUUGUGGUGUUAUGAAUGGUUGCAACGGAGGUUUGCAUGCUUCUCAAUUAACACGAAUGAUGUCAACCCAAUGAAAUGACGCGAUGCUCAGAGCUAUAAAAAUAAAAUGUAAAAAAAAUUUAAAUAAUAUGAUGAACUUCUUACUAAUACGACUAAUGACCACAACAAUAAUAAUGAUGUGUGGGGGAAAUGUGUGUUUUCUCUCUGUGUCAGAAUUAAGAUUAUUUAACAAUUUGGAUUAUUUUUUUGAAUAAAAAGGGUUUAUUCACAAGUGUGUUUUUUGUUUAAGCCGGGGAGUGAUUGUUUCAGUCCAGGAAGAGUGAAGCAACGGUGUUGGAAAUAAAAGCUAUGUAUCAUGCA